UUGUUUGGCUGCAGCCUUGAUCGCAACACACACUCUCUCUCCGUACUCUGAUCACUAUGGGUGUUGUCGGACACGUUAUCGGCGGGGCCGCAUUCGGACUCGCAGCACGAUUCUGGCAACUCGGUAUCCUCAAGAAGCCCAUGCUGUCUAACCCCGUUGGCCACCUUGCCAGCACCGUCUUCUUCGCUGGUACGGGCUACUACUGGUGGCAGGGAACGGUGUACAUGAAGGGGGUUCUCGAAGAGCAAGAGCAUAAAAUGCGUUUGCGACGCGACGCGCAGAUGCUGAUAGAGAAUGCAAGUCUGGACAAGGCAUUGAACCGAUCAUCAUCCGAGUGAGUCUAAGUCUCGUGUAGACGGCCGUCGCGGGAAAUAUGCAUCCAUUCGGUUAUAUAUUCCACUUCCACCAGCGGUAACAUGAUGUAUACAGUCAAUUACCGCAAAACACUGCCUAAAUGUGCA